AUGGAGUCAGCUAGUUUUAAAUUCGUAAUGCCCUUCAACAAGUUGCUUAUGCCAUCACUGCUGAAUUUGGAACGCUUGAAAUCCACGAAGGAUUUCAAUUUUUUCUUCAGUGGCUUUUUUAUUGAAAAGUUUAAAGACCAAGUUCAGACGAUGAAAUCGCUGCAGUUGCCGAAAAAGAUAACCUGUGUCUGUCAGGAUGGCGUGAAUCGGAUAUUACUUUGCAAGUCAUCUGACGAUCUACGCAAGGACCGUUGCUUUCUCAACUUUGCUAAUUUGUUCAACCAGGCUUAUGGUGGGGAGAUACCGAAAGUUGACUCAAUGCGUCGAAAUGCUGAAGAGCUGCAAAUCGAUAACUUGACGGAGGAGAAGAUUAUAGCAAAAAGACGACUUAAUCCGCUGAAGGUUCAAACUUACUUUGCCUGUCCACUCAGUGAUAGCUAUGGCGUUAUUGAAUGGAUUCCUGGAUUAACGCCAAUGAAAGUGAUCGUCGAAGAGCAAUACAUCAGAACUCGUUUGAGCAAACUUUGUUAUUAUACGGCAAGAAACAAUUUCACUGCACACAUUGUGCGGCAUAACUCCAAACCGAACAAAGAAAAGCGAAUUGAAAUCUACCUCAAAUCUUUGCCCUCAUUCAAGCCGUCAGUUUUGCAUUUGUGGUUUCAAACGCAAUUCGCCGAUGCGUACUCUUGGGCAAUGGCAAAACAAAAUUUCACUCGCACUUCGGCGGCCUAUUCGGUGCUUGGCUACAUUCUCGGCUUGGGUGACCGACAUUCGGAGAAUUUGCUCUUUGACCCUGCAACAGGUGAAAUGGUUCAAGUCGAUUUUAACUGUCUUUUCAAUCGUGGCGAAGACUUUAUUGUCCCAGAAUGUGUUCCAUUUCGAAUGACACAUAAUAUGGAGACAGCUAUGGGUGUCAUUGGCUAUGAAGGGCAAUUUCGUCACACCGCUGAAGAUGUUCUGCUAGUUCUGAGGCAGUAUCGGAAACUGUUUGCCAAAUAUGUGACACAGUUUAUUUAUGAUCCACUAGCAGAGUGGAUUGAAAACCAUACACGCAAUGAUCAGUUUAGGCUGAAAAGUCAAUAUUUUGCGUUGAAGCUCGACUUUCCGGUUUCGUUUCAAGAACAAAAGCAAACUUGUACAGAGGAAGACAAGUGUCCGUUAUUGGGCAAAUUGAUCAUAUCAUUAAGGAGGCUGCGAACCCCAACAAUCUUGGUGCAAUGUAUCAGGGCUGGGCCGCAUAUAUUUGAUUGA